GCGGAGCGAGCGGAGCGCGGCCCGGAUGUAGCCGGAACAUGGCGCUGGGGGCGGCGUGACGGCGGCGGCCGAGAUCUUUCCACCAUGUUUGGGAAAAAGAAGAAGAGGCUGGAAAUUUCCGGCCCCUCCAACUUCGAGCACCGGGUGCACACUGGCUUCGACCACCGGGAGCAGAAGUUCACGGGGCUGCCCCAGCAGUGGCACAGCCUGCUGGCAGACACCGCCAACAGGCCCAAGCCCAUGGUGGAUCCCUCAUGCAUCACCCCCAUCCAGCUGGCUCCUAUGAAGACCAUUGUUCGGGGGAACAAGCCUCGAAAGGACACUUCCAUCAAUGGGCUGCUGGAGGAGUUUGACAACAUCUCAGUGACCCGAUCCAACUCCCUGCGGAAGGAGAGCCCUCCCAGCCACCACCAGGGCCGUGCCAACCACGUGCCCCGGCCCCAGGAGGAGAAUGGCUACAUCAUGUGCUCGCAGUACUCGAGCGAGUCGGACGGCACGGCCGAGAGCGGCGGGGAGCGGCUCCGGGACAGGGCCCUGUGCGGGGACGAGUGGGACCGCUACUGCCAGGGCAGCCUGGCCGCCAGGCACAACGGGCACCUGCUCAAGGUCACAGCCCGCGACUUGUACUACUCAGAAGUGACCCCCCUGCAGUCAGAGCUGUCCCGGUUCCUCCCGGAUUACCAGGCACACCUGGAGAGCAAGCCCAAGGCGCUGGAGUACGGGGGCCUGAGGCUGGAGUACCAGCGGGUGCCCAGCGGCUCCUCCCUGGACUACCGAGAUUCCUUCCCCUACGCCCCGUCCCGGGCCUCGCUGCAGAGCGAGGGCCCCAGGGACAGGCUGGACUACGGGGAGCCCGACUGGGGACACGGCCUCGCCAAGGAGGACAUUGACAAGAGGCCCAAGUCCUCCUACGUGGACCCUGCGAGCCCCCAGCCGGCCAUGAGGCAGAGAUCCAGGUCGGGCUCCGGCCUGCAGGAGCCGGCCAUGCCCUACGCAGCCAGCGCCUUCAAAGCUCACCAGCAGGGACAUUCCUACAGCUCCUACACCUACCCCCGCCUGUCCGAGACUGCAGCAGGAGUGCCCAAGGUGGAUUAUGACCGAGCGCAGCUGGUGGUCAGCCCGCCGCUCUGUGCCUCAGACACCUACCCCCGGGGCCCAGGCAAGCUACCUCAGAGCCAGAGCAAGGGCAGCUACUCGAGCAGCAGCAGCAGCUACCAGUACCCGCUGCUGUACCACAAGGCUCCCCACGUGCAGCAGCCCGGCUCCCCGUACGUGUCCCCGGGCUCGUACCCCAGCUCCCCCAGCCUGGCGCCGGGCGCGUACCCCCCGCCCAGCUGGGGCUCGUGCUCGGAGCAGGCGCCCUCCAGGGUGUCCCACGAGCAGUUCCGCGCCGCCCUGCAGCUGGUGGUGAGCCCCGGGGACCCCCGCGAGUACCUGGACAGCUUCCUCAAGAUCGGCGAGGGCUCCACGGGCAUCGUGUGCAUCGCCACCGAGCGGCACUCGGGCAAGCAGGUGGCCGUCAAGAAGAUGGACCUCAGGAAGCAGCAGAGGAGGGAGCUGCUCUUCAAUGAGGUGGUGAUCAUGAGGGAUUACCACCACGAGAACGUGGUGGACAUGUACAACAGUUACCUGGUGGGGGACGAGCUCUGGGUGGUGAUGGAGUUCCUGGAGGGCGGCGCCCUGACCGACAUCGUCACUCACACCAGGAUGAACGAGGAGCAGAUUGCCACGGUGUGCGUGUCGGUGCUGCGCGCCCUGUCCUACCUGCACCACCAGGGCGUCAUCCACCGCGACAUCAAGAGCGACUCCAUCCUGCUCACCAGCGACGGCAGGAUAAAAUUGUCUGACUUCGGGUUCUGUGCCCAAGUGUCAAAGGAGGUCCCCAGGAGGAAGUCCCUGGUUGGGACACCCUAUUGGAUGGCACCAGAGGUGAUAUCCCGCCUGCCCUACGGCACUGAGGUGGACAUCUGGUCCCUGGGCAUCAUGGUGAUGGAGAUGAUCGACGGGGAGCCGCCGUACUUCAACGAGCCGCCGCUGCAGGCCAUGCGCCGCAUCCGGGACAACCUCCCGCCCCGCGUCAAGGACACGCACAAGGUCUCCUCGGUGCUGCGGGGCUUCCUGGACUCCAUGCUGGUGCGGGAGCCCUCGCAGAGGGCCACGGCGCAGGAGCUGCUCAGACACCCCUUCCUGAAGCUGGCCGGGCCCCCGUCCUGCAUCGUGCCCCUCAUGAGGCAGCACAGGCACCGCUGAGGGCUCUUUGGGAAGGGGCAGUGCAGAGCCUGGCUCGUGGCGUGCGGGACCCGCAGGCAGGGAGGAGGAGGAGCAGCAGAGCCCUGAGGAGGAAAGCUGCCCUGAGGAAACGCUGCCGUGUGUGUACAGAGAUGCCCGGGGGCAGGCAGUGCUCCCUGCUCCCGCUGUGCCAGGGACAGGAGCAGGCCGGGCACCAUGGCUGCCAGGCAGGGCACACCCAAUGCCAGCCUGGGCGAGGCAGCAGGAGCCAAACAGCUGAGCUUCACCAUGGCCUGAGGCACUUCUGGCUCAGAAGAACACUUUUCUGACAAACAAAGCACUUUUUAUCUCAGCCAGAGCAGCGCAAUGUAUUUUGCAAGAAGUUUGUAAUUUUCUGUACAGUACGUUUUGAUAACUUGCAGUUCUUUGUCAUGUACCUGUUGUGUUAGUUAAGUAAUAAGUGUAACUUAGAGAAUUUGAGAAGAUGAAGUUUCCUACUUUUUUAACCCUUUUGAAAACAGGGAAAAAAAGGAAAAAAAAAAAAAAAAGCAACCACAGCCACCUUUAGGAAGUUGUAAAGUUUUGCAGAGUUCCCAUGGGGGGAGGAGGGGGCUCAUCCUGCCCUCACAGCAGCUGGAAAAGCCAGGGAUGGCUGGCAGUGGUGGGAGCGCCUGGCUUGGGGCACUGGUGACAGAGGCAGCCCCAGCCCAGCCCUGGUCAGGCUCUCCCUCUCCCCUGGCUGGGGGCCAGUGCCCCUGCCCAGGCUGGGCUGAGCCCUCUCUUGCCAUGCCACCUCCCAGCCUGGGCGGACCCUUCACUUGCCAUGCCACCACAAGGCCAGCUCUGCCACCACAGCAGCCUCCAUGACUGCUGUCGCACUCUGGCAGGGGACAGGGAGAGCAGCAGCUCCUCCUGCCAGCCCAGAGGGAGCCCCAGAGCUCAGGCAGAGCCCUGGAGGGGAUGGGUUGGGUUGGGAUGAGCUGCCAGCGUUUGCCAGAGAGGAGGAGUUGUGCUGCUGUCUAGACCUUUCUGAAUGUUGAUGCAACAGUUGACUACUGCAGUACAAUUUUGUGUUAUUUGUUGGAUGACUUUGCAUGUUAACUGUAGGCCUAAAUAGAUUUGCCUUUAAAAUUUUUAGAAGUGCUUCAUAAUUAUAUCAAUGAGAAACUAAUUUUAUUUAUUAACAAUUAGUUGUUUUUAAUUCUGUAUAAUACAAAAGCCAUGUUUUUCAAGUUUGUUUUUUUUUCUUACUGACCUCAUUUUAUGGUAUCUUUAAGAACCACAAAGCCAACUUUGUGAAAACACAGUUUGUUUCUUUUUAUGAAAUUUCAUAGUUAAUAAAUUAAUUGUUAUUUAUUGUAGUAAAUUAUAACCAAACAUCUAAACCUGGCAGGAGCUGUUGCUUAAAGGUCUUCCUCUGGGAGAAGAGUUGCCAAUAGUAAAGAAGCUCCUUUAGUUCUGCCCUUAAAGAAUAUUUGGAGGGAGAGAAGCAAUUAAAAAAAGGAAAAAAGGAGAUAAGGAUGACCUGGAACAUGGAAGAGCUGUUCUUACAUCAGUGUCUUACCCCCCGUGCUCUCUCCCCCCAGCCCUGUUUGCACAUUUGAAGAAGACACUGAAGAAAAUGUUUGGCUCCCAGAGCCCCCCCAGCGGGAGCACCCCCAGCCUCCCAGGGCUCUCUUUUGUAGUCUUGACAACUCAGGAAACCAGGCUGCACCAGUCCAGGCAACGGCACAACUUAAUACUAGCUACAAAAUUAGCUUUUUUAACCAUCUUUGAAUAAAAAAGGGGGUUGGUGGGAGUUUUUUCUUCAAUACUCAGCACAUUUUAGGCUGUACAAGUGAAGAAUUUUCUGCAAUUUUCUUAUCAUUAGAUACUUUAAGCAGUGUUCAUUGAGUUUACUGAGAGUUUUGUCAAUUUCAAAGGGGUUUUUUUGUGAACACCAGCUACUGGUGAAACAAAUGCACAUGCAAGUUCAAUAAAUUAAUUAAUAAACACUUUAA